CUAUGUGCACAUAUGCCCACACAUAGAUAUAUUCCACAACUCUUCAGUAGGUGGCAGCUGAAAGCCUGGACGAGCUUUGCAGUCGCCAUUUAGGCAGCAGCACCGGCAGCGGCUGGAGUCAGCGCGCCCGUAGGAGCAGGAGGAGGGAGCUGCGAUCCAGGAGCAGGAGCGGUGCCCAGGACCCAGGUUUUCCCCCCCUAGCUGAGCAAGUGACACACAGAGAAACAUGCCUGAGCAAAGCAACGAUUAUAGGGUAGUUGUGUUUGGAGCUGGAGGAGUGGGAAAAAGUUCUUUGGUCUUGAGAUUUGUGAAGGGCACUUUCAGAGAGAGCUACAUCCCUACCAUUGAAGACACCUAUCGGCAGGUGAUCAGCUGUGAUAAGAGCAUAUGCACUUUGCAGAUAACCGACACUACAGGGAGCCAUCAAUUUCCAGCCAUGCAACGUCUCUCUAUUUCUAAAGGACAUGCUUUUAUUUUGGUUUACUCUAUCACCAGCCGACAGUCCUUGGAGGAACUCAAGCCAAUCUACGAGCAAAUAUGUCAGAUUAAAGGAGAUAUAGAAAGCAUUCCAAUCAUGCUGGUGGGGAACAAAAAUGAUGAGAACCAAAAUCGAGAGGUAGAAAGCAGUGAAGGAGAAGCCAUGGCUAAGAAGUGGAAAUGUGCCUUCAUGGAGACCUCUGCCAAGACAAACCACAAUGUGAAAGAGUUAUUCCAAGAAUUGCUAAACCUGGAGAAACGCAGGACUGUGAGUUUGCAAAUUGAUGGCAAAAAAAGCAAGCAACAGAAAAGGAAGGAGAAGCUGAAAGGAAAAUGUGUGGUGAUGUGAAAUUGCACUGUCAGGAAUCAGCUGUGAAGUCUCAUCUGACAAUACGCAUGUAAACCCAUAGACAGCAAACAACCAUGCAAGAUCCUAUUUAUUAGUAUCUGUUUUAAAAGAAAUACUUGGAAAUUGAAGAAAUAAGGUACUGUAAUUGCUUUGAAAAAAUGGAAAAACAAAAAUAUGUGUAGUCUCACAAUCAAUUAAAGCAUAUCAGGAAGAAAACAAAAGAUUUCCUGGAAUACCUUAUUUUGUAAUUUACAAAAAGAAUUGUCAUCAUUCACAUAAUAUGAAAGAUUGAAAAAACAACUUAAUAUUACCUGCAUUUGCAUAUAAUUUCAAGAGAAAACAAUGUGUAAUAUCAGAAGAAAAACAAAGUGGUAGUAAAGAAACCUAGAACAUACAAAUACAUGCUGGUGGUGUUAACCAUUUCCUUAAAGAAUGCUGUGGAUGAAAAAUUCUGUGUCAUUUUAAUUACUGACUGGUGGGAGAGUGUGCAUAAGACAGUCUUGGAUCACCUGAAUAAAUUAACUGUUGCACAGUAAAAGGAAGUGUGGGGAUAGCAGCGGAAAGGGACAGAUAUUGUCUCUAUGCCCCCAGCAUGAUACUUCUUUCUAGUAUGAUGCAGUGUUUUAACUGAAGAUCGUGGAAAAGCCAAGUCCUGUAAGUUGGAGAUCAUCUUUUCUGGGCUCAUUGUUUCAAGGAUGACCUGAGUUUUCAGCCCAAAUAUAUUUCAGAAGAACAAACAUUUAUUUGUGGAGAGUGCCAGAUGGAAUGGUGUACGUACAAAACCGGAAAGCUUCCCCAGGGAGAACUGACUGGGUCGUCACCUACGAAAGGCUCUGUGGGAGAGACUUAGUUCUAGUGCUGCUGCCAGUUAGGUGAACACAUGGUGUGGUUAGUGAAUGAAUGCAAUGUCUUUUGAACUGGCAGUACCCUUGGAGUGGGGUUGGCAUAAUAUACAAAUUAUCGUAUUAGCUGACUGAUACUUCUUUACAUUACUAUAUUCCUGUUAGAAGGGUUUAUGCUCAUGCCCUACGAGAUCUAUUGCCUUUAUAUUGUCUGAAGUAUUUUAUAUCUGCCAUUUAAACUAAUGAUUUGAACUGCUGUGACUAUAGAACCAAAUAUAUAUCUGAAGUUAGUGACCACAAGAGUCUCUAAAAUGGUUUUUAUUUGGGAUAAGCACUACAGGAUCUGGAAUAUUCUGCUGUCAGAAGUGUUACAAUGCAAUACAAAGUUCAGAAUAGAAAACACAUUGUUUAAACAUCCUGUCAGGGAAAAGUGCUCUUCUCAAAACCUUUGAAAGGGAAAAAAAAUUGUGAGCUUUCCUGGAUGUCUGUCCAAAGCUUUUUAAAAAACUAAUAUGAAUGACUGAAGUACCUAUCCUAGUGAUGAAAAAGGCCAUCUAUAAUAAAAUAAGCACAUACAAUUUUUAGACGACACAUUAAAAUUAUGUAAGUCUCAAUUUGUACCUUAGGAACUGCUUUGAACGAAUAAAAAGAGCCUACCAUAUUUUUAAUAAAUGUUUAUGUUAAGAAACAUGGGAAAAUGAAGUCAAGUACUAAUAUUAUUAGCCUGCAUGCUAGUGCAUUAUAAAUAUUUUCCAGGGGAUGUUCAAAUGCAGUGUUUGCAUUAAAGUUUGCUACCUUGUUCCUUUCGAAGUUAUUGCUUGCUUAUCUUCCACAUUUCUAGCAAAUGUGCAGAUAUUUCAGAGGUAGAUAAUAGCAUACAAAAGAAUUGCUACUAGUGCUGUCUAGAGGGGAGCACAACUUCUGUCAUGCAGUCAGAAGUGCUGGCACCUGUAGAAUUGAAUGUGAAACUCCUACUGAUUUCAAAGAGACAGAUUUUUUUUUUGCUCUUUAUUUUAUUGUUUUAAGAAGAGAAAACUGGAAAGACCAUGGAAAAAUUAAUGCUCUUCAUUAACAGCAAAUUCCAGGCUCUUACACAACACUCUUUCUUCAUAAAUCUCAGAGCACUUUGCAAAAAUGACGACAUCAUUUCCUUAACUUCUCAGGUGGUGAAAGUGAGGCACAGAGAGGGGAAACAACUGCACUUAGAUCGCCUAGCAGGACCGUGGCAGACCCAGGAACAAAGGCAGAUCUCCUCUGUCACAGUCCAGUGCUCAUUCUGUGUUUUGUCAGACUGUCUCUUUGCAUUCUUAAAUAGUUCCUUGAAGAAUCCUGGUUUGGCCUAUACAGCCAAGUGCAUCUUUCUUGAUAGUUUGUCAGUAGAUCAAAAUAUAUUUCCACAUCAGGGAUGCAAAACACUUAAAAGCACUAUAUUUAGUAAGACUUUUAUAAAUAUUUAUACAUUUACUCUUUGUAAAAAUCUUUGCUGAUGAUGCUCAACAUCACAGCAAUGGAUUCCAUGGAUGAAGCUGGAAAAUCAGAAAAAUUAUCAACGUUAAGGCAUAAUGGGUCACAUACAGAGGUCAAAAGCCCUCAGAUGCUAACACACCGGUGCCAAAGGUCAUCAUGUGUGGCACAUGCCUUAGCAGCCAGCAUAGUAUUAUGACAGAAUCUCAAAGAGAAAAAUAAAAGCUAUAUAUAGAACCUUUUAACAUUAUUGCUUGAACUGGAGGAAUUAUUUAUGUAGUAAAAUAUCUUGCAGAAGUACAAUAUAGGGGAUCUAAAUUACUUAAAAUGUACUGACUGCAAAGAUAUUACAGGCUGAAAUUUAGCCCUGGACUUUUUUUUUUUUUGAAUGUGCCUCAUAGCAA